CGUAUGACGUCCAACCAGAGGUGCCAUCGGGCGUCGAAGGUUACCGACUCAUCGACGUGGCACUUCUUGCAGACUUCUUGUCCGAGCAUCUUGUUUGCAGGAAGUGUCACGGAAGAAUCGAGAUGACGGAAGACGGCGGCAAGAGAAAAGGCUUGUCAUCCAUGCUUGUCGUCACCUGCCAAGAAUGCGCUCACGAGGAGAACACGUACACGAGCAAGAAGGUCAGCGGAGGGGCUAUGGACAUCAACAGAAGGAUAGUCCUUGCGAUGAGGUUGAUUGGCAAAGGACUCCAACCCCUAGAGCAGUUCUGUGGCGUUCUCAACAUGCCAGGUUCCAUGGAAGUCAAAACCUACACCGGUCACGUGACAGCUUUACGGAAAGCAGCGAAAGAGGAGGCAGAAAAGAGCAUGACCAAGGCUGUCAACGACAUCAGACACCUCUACGAAGUCAAUCCAAACGGUAUUGUAGAUAUUGGGGUGUCUGGUGAUGGAACCUGGCGGAAGAGAGGUUUCUCAUCCUUCCAUGGCGUAGCCACGGCAAUUUCUAUAGUGUCUGGUAAAGUCGUCGACAUUGAAAUCAAGUCCUCCUAUUGCCGUGCCUGCGCCCUCUGGGAGAAGAAGAAAGGAACACCAGAAUACCGCCAAUGGGAAGAGAAACAUGGACCAAAGUGCCACAAGAACUACUCUGGGUCGUCUGGUGCUAUGGAGGUGUCUGCAAUUGCUGACAUUUUUCAGAGGUCUGUGGCCACGAGAGCUGCUCGUUAUACAGAAUACCUUGGAGAUGGAGACAGCAAGGCUGUGAAGCUGGUAAACGAGCAGCAGCCAUAUGGCCCAGACCUGGUCGUUAAAAAACUGGAGUGCAUCAACCAUGUCUCUAAAAGAAUGUAUGCUCGCCUUGAUUCUGUAAAGCAACAAUACGAGGGAAAGAAGCUGGCUGACAAGAAAGGGAUGGAUGGCAAGGGGAGAUUGACUGUGGCCAUCAUGAAGGAAUUGCAAGGCUACUAUGGACGGGCAAUAAGACAGAAUCAAGACAGCAUACAAGACAUGAAAAAGGCCAUCUGGGCAAGUUACUACCAUCGAAUAUCAACAGACGACCAUCCUCAACAUCAAUACUGCCCAGAUGGACCUGAUGGUUGGUGCAAAUACAAUAACGACCCCACCUCCUACGAGCACCACGAUGUCAUUCCAGCCGCCAUAGCCCCUCUAAUCAAGCCGUGCUACGAGGAGCUCACAGCAGACACACUAUUGAGCAAGUGCACUCAUGGGGGUACUUCUAAUGCUAACGAGGGAUUCAAUAGUAUUUUAUGGAGAAUAGCUCCAAAGUCGGAGUUCUCAGGAACUCCGACUUUGGAGCUAUCCUCCUAUUUAGCUGUAUUGUCAUUUAAUGAUGGGGCUACAGGUGUACUGAGAACUUUAGAGGGAGCAGGGGUUAGAGUAGUGGGUAGACAUACAGUAUUAGCAGUAAAGAAGAAGGACACGAGGAGGAUUAACAUCAUGGAGUACAGGCAAAGGGCAAGUUUUAGACGAAGAAGAUACAUACUAAAGAAAGCAAGGAAGCGGAUACAACAUAAGGAAGCAACAAAGGAGGGACUAACAUACGGUGCUGGACAAUUUUAGGUGUACCUGCAUGAAUUUAGAUGAUAGAAUAGUGUGUGAUACUUAGAUGACAGUGAACUGGUACUAUAUUUAGAUACUGGUGUAGACUACUCUAAAAUCUUGAUAAAAUCGUCUGCUGGACGCUAUGUCUAUAGAAAAUAUUCAAAUACAGUUGAGAGUUGCGGCUUUGUA